CGUAAACGCGGAACUGCUGUCCACAGGCACAACAACAACACAGGAACGUUCGCAGCAUAUAAAAUAAGUUCAUUUAAAUACGCCUGUGUGAAUAUUGUAAUGUUUGGUUUCACUUCCCCAAAAUUCUUUCUCGUUGGAAGCUACCUCGGAUGAAAAGGAGUUCGCGCCCUUAGGCAAUGUCACUCCAAGACGUAAAGUUUUCCGGAUUCAGAUCACCUGAUGUUGACCUCCAGUUGUUGUGUGCCUUCAUGUGAUACUGCGACAGAGCACUGUGUACACUCUUCAGAAGUCAGGUUCAAACCCUCAGUGUUAAAAUGUUUUUUGCUGCGUGUGUGUCGUUAAGUCUUGUUGUGCCCCUGCUGGCACUUGUCCCCGUUCCCAUAUGGACUCAGCCGGAGCAGGUGCAUCUUUCCUAUCCAGGAGAGCCGGGUUCCAUGGUUGUGACCUGGACCACCUUCAGUAAGGCUGAGAGCAAGGUGGAAUAUGGGUUACUGGGGGGUCGACUCUUUGAGAUGACCGUUGGCGGAAAAUACACUUUGUUUGUCGACUCUGGGGAAGAGAAGAGGAAGAUGUUCAUCCACAGAGUCACUCUUACAGACCUCAAACCCGCUGCUGUUUAUGUCUACCACUGUGGCAGUGAUGAUGGUUGGAGUGACGUCUUCUCCUUCACUGCUCUGAAUGACAGCACCAGCUUCAGUCCCAGGUUUGCUCUCUACGGUGACCUGGGCAAUGAGAACCCUCAGUCUCUGGCCCGACUACAGAAGGAAACACAGCUGGGCAUGUACGACGUCAUCCUGCACAUAGGGGACUUUGCCUACGAUAUGCACGAGGAUAACGCCAGGAUCGGGGAUGAGUUCAUGAGGCAGAUUCAGUCUAUAGCAGCCUAUGUGCCCUACAUGACCAGUCCAGGAAACCACGAGUCUACAUACAACUUCUCCAACUAUAGGAACCGCUUCAGUAUGCCGGGCCAGACUGAAGGCCUGUGGUACAGCUGGAACCUGGGCUCAGCUCACAUCGUUUCCAUCUCCACUGAGGUUUACUUUUACCUGGAGUUCGGCCUGGAGCUCCUCUUCAAACAGUACGAGUGGCUGAAGAAAGAUCUGGAGGAGGCCAACAAACCAGAAAACAGAGCAGCACGUCCGUGGAUCAUCACCAUGGGACACAGACCAAUGUACUGCUCUGAUGACGACCAGGACGACUGUACCAAGUUUGACUCCUACGUCAGACUGGGGCGAAAUGACACCAAACCACCAGCCCCCGGAUUAGAGGAUCUAUUCUACCGCCAUGGAGUGGAUUUGGAGCUGUGGGCACAUGAGCACACGUAUGAGAGGCUGUGGCCCGUCUACGGUGACAAGGUUUACAAUGGCAGCAAAGAGCAGCCAUACCAAAAUCCAAAGGCUCCAGUUCACAUCAUCACAGGCUCUGCUGGAUGUAGAGAGAAGACGGACCUGUUCAAUCCCAACCCCAGAGACUGGAGUGCGUUUCGUAGCACAGACUACGGCUACACCCGCAUGCAAGUGGUCAACACCAGCCAUAUUUACCUGGAGCAGGUGUCUGAUGACCAGUACGGCAACGUGAUUGACAGCAUAUGGGUGGUGAAGGAAAAGCACGGAUCGUCUGCCUGGUCCUGAAGACCACCCUGAAGAACACACACUGGUGGGAUCAGGAAAUGCACUUUAAACUUUAAAACAAUCAUCUGUUUUAGCACAAGAUUUAAAAGAUGAAGAAUUGUUAAAAAUGCAGAGCCGUGCGUGUGUGUUUCUGCAAUAAGGAGUUACAGUAAGAAACAAUAAAAGUGUGAUGUAAAAACAA